UUAAUGAUCAUUAUAGAGCAGUGAACCAUCGACACAAUUUCUCUACCCCUUCUUUAUCUCCCUCGAGGUGUUUUGCCUACGUUCGUACACUCGAAUAUCUUUGUAGUCGAACUGGAAACAGUUACAUCUACUAAUGGCCUUUGAUACGCGAGCUUUUGAGAUUAAAACCGGUGCAGUUGGAACAAUUGGAAAAUUAUUUUUUUUUCGCGUCGUUUAUUCUUAAGGACUGAAAUUUGAUGUAUUCAUAUCGAUAUUGAUUCCAAUCGACGUAAUGAGAAUUUUCUAUCAAGUGAAGUUGAUCGAGGAAAACUUCAAAUGUUUUCCGCCAUUUAGGCAAUCUAAAUUUCAGACAUAUACAUUAAAUUUUCAAGUGAAACUCACCCUCAAAUCACAGCCACUGGAUUAUGGAAAAUACAUACGAUUAUGAAAACCUCAACGAAGACAGCAAACCAAUGCCACAGGAUACUCAACAGGAAGUUAGCCCCGAAAUGGACGGCGAAGUGAGCGAAAAAUGCCGUCCGAAAUUCAGAGGGUGCGGACCCCGAAGGAGGAGGAGGAGGAAGAGAAGUCGCAAGAGGAAGAAGUGCAUCUGCAAGCCCAAACGAAGACGUAGAAGACGAUUGGUUCUGUCGUCCAAUCCUUUCCUCAUCUUUUACUUAGAAAUGUGGUUCAAAAGCCACGGGAAACGCGUAACGCAAGUGGCUCGAGAAGCAGGCAAGAAAUGGUGCGCGCUAAGUGAAUGCGACAAACAGAAAUAUAUCAAAAUCGCGGAGAGAGUGAAACGACGACGUUCGAGACACGGAAGAAAGUGUUAACAAGUCCUGUAUUUAUCCAGAAACGAUAGAAACAUCAAAGAAAAUUCA